GGAAUGGGCGAACUUGAAUGCAGUCUAUUAUGACUCGAAGCCCUUAGGCUUCAAGUCGUUAUAGACAAGCUGAGACAUUUCGCAAUCAAUGGCAUCAGAAAGUAGGAUUUAUAACUCCUCACGUUUCCUGAAUGUUAAGAUAUUUUCCUUUCCACAUACAGUGGCACAACUAGCUGGAGAAUCUGUGCCUUCUAAGGAAAGGUUCGCUACUAGCCUUAGCUAAGCCUUAAAACCCACAAAAGCCUUAAAAACUGGGCUCGUUUCUACAGGUAGCUGCUUAAAAGACGACUGGGAUGAAUCAGCAGCUGCAGUCUGGAGCAUUAAACUGGUCUGACAUCUUCUAAUAGCGAAAUUAAUUAUGUGGAUCUUUUAAAACAUCCCCAUUCGAGUGAGAAAGCAGCCCUUUUUUUUAUGCUUGCCUGUAUGGGACAGGGUGAUGUCAGGGCCAUGAUGCGGCAUGAUCCGCUGGUCCACUGCAUCAAACCGGGGCGCUCCCAUUGGCUAACAGGGAUGCUGAGGAUGCUGCGUUGUGUAUAACGUCAUCUGACCAGCAGCACGUUUAUCUAUCUCGCCGGCUCAACACUCACCCGAGAAAUGAGGCAAGUCCUGAUUUUGAGAAACACCGCGGCAAGACACUGAAGAGUGGACGCCAGUUAAAGUCGAGAAAGGACGCUGCCUGCACGCACCCGCAGUUCACCAUGAGGGAAAUCGUUCACAUCCAGGCUGGUCAGUGCGGAAAUCAGAUUGGGGCCAAGUUCUGGGAGGUGAUAAGUGAUGAACAUGGCAUCGAUCCAACCGGUAGUUACCAAGGUGACAGUGAGCUGCAGUUGGAGAGGAUAAAUGUCUACUACAAUGAGGCAUCAGGGAGCACAGGCAGCAAAUUUGUGCCCCGAGCCAUUCUGGUGGACCUGGAACCAGGAACCAUGGAUUCAGUUCGCUCUGGUCCAUUUGGGCAGCUAUUCAGGCCUGACAACUUUGUUUUCGGUCAAAGUGGAGCAGGAAAUAACUGGGCUAAAGGUCACUACACCGAAGGAGCUGAGCUGGUGGACUCUGUGCUAGAUGUGGUGAGAAAGGAGUCCGAAAACUGCGACUGCCUUCAGGGCUUUCAGCUCACCCACUCCCUGGGUGGAGGCACAGGUUCAGGAAUGGGCACACUGCUCAUCAGCAAAAUCCGUGAGGAGUAUCCUGAUCGCAUUAUGAACACCUUCAGUGUCAUGCCUUCCCCGAAAGUGUCUGACACUGUGGUGGAGCCCUACAAUGCCACUCUCUCUGUACACCAGCUAGUGGAAAAUACAGAUGAGACCUUUAGCAUUGAUAACGAAGCUUUGUAUGAUAUCUGCUUCCGCACUUUAAAGCUAACCACACCCACCUAUGGAGAUCUUAACCACCUGGUAUCAGCCACCAUGAGUGGUGUGACAACGUGUCUCCGCUUCCCUGGACAGCUCAACGCUGACCUCCGUAAGCUAGCUGUCAACAUGGUGCCCUUCCCCCGCUUGCAUUUCUUCAUGCCGGGCUUUGCACCUCUGACAAGCAGGGGCAGUCAGCAGUAUCGUGCCCUCUCCGUGCCAGAGCUCACACAGCAAAUGUUCGAUGCCAAGAACAUGAUGGCAGCGUGUGACCCCCGUCACGGACGCUACCUCACCGUGGCAGCCAUCUUCCGUGGCCGUAUGUCAAUGAAAGAAGUGGAUGAGCAGAUGCUGAGUGUGCAAAACAAAAACAGCAGCUACUUUGUGGAAUGGAUUCCAAAUAAUGUCAAGACUGCAGUUUGCGACAUUCCGCCCCGUGGCCUCAAGAUGUCCGCCACCUUCAUUGGCAACAGCACCGCCAUCCAGGAGCUGUUCAGGAGGAUCUCAGAGCAGUUCACCGCCAUGUUCCGCCGCAAGGCUUUCCUCCACUGGUACACAGGGGAGGGAAUGGAUGAGAUGGAGUUCACUGAGGCUGAGAGCAACAUGAAUGACCUUGUGUCUGAGUAUCAGCAGUACCAGGAUGCCACCGCUGAUGAAAUGGGUGAAUACGAAGAAGAUGAAAUGGAGGAUGAUGAAGAAGUCCGCCAUGAUGUUCACCACUGAAUUCUAAAACACAACGAGCCAGUUCCUAAUAAUAACAGCUGUUGGAGUGCAAUGAGACCACAAGAUGUACGCUAGGGAUGCUGAUUUCAAUAAAUGUUGUGGUGUGCAGAUUAUGGUCAACUAUAGUUGUUUAGCCUAUAUUGCGCUGAAUAUAAAUAUAGCCUUUACUGACAACGACAGUGAAUGGUGUUAGAAUCUAAAGUUAUCCAAGUCAUGCUAUGUCAGUGUCAACAAGCAAGUACAGUUUUGUAACAAUAACUCAAAUGUGCAUUCUUUUCCUCAUGUCUCUAAUAAAAGAUCCAGUCUGUA